AUGUCCGGAGCUCCUUACGCCCGCGCGGCGCACGCGUUAGCGCUGGCCAUGGUGGCCGCCGCCGCAGCGGUCGAGGCGCAGACGGAGUGGCUCAGGGCGCAUGCCACGUUCUACGGCGGCCCGGACGCCUCCGGCACCAUGGGGGGCGCGUGCGGGUACGGCAACCUGUUCGCGCAGGGGUACGGCACGCGGACGACGGCGCUGAGCACGGCGCUCUUCUCCGGCGGCGCCUCCUGCGGGCAGUGCUACAAGCUGGUGUGCGACCGCAAGACGGACGCGACGUGGUGCAAGCCCGGCGUGUCCGUCACCGUCACGGCCACCAACUUCUGCCCGCCCAACUGGAAGCUGCCCGACGGCGGGUGGUGCAACGCGGUGCGGCCCCACUUCGACAUGGCGCAGCCCGCGUGGGAGAAGAUCGGCGUCUUCAGCGGCGGCAUCAUCCCCGUCAUCUACAAAAGAGUCUCUUGCGUGAAGAAGGGUGGGGUGCGUUUCACCGUUAAUGGCCACGACUACUUCAACCUGGUGCUGCUCACCAACGUCGCGGGGCCGGGAUCCAUCAGGGCCAUGGACGUCAAGGGCUCGCAGCCCCCGGCGGAGGACUGGAUGCACAUGGCGCGCAACUGGGGCGCCAACUGGCACUCCCUCGCCUACCUCACCGGCCAGGGGCUGUCCUUCAGGGUCACCGUCACCGACGGCCAGACCAUCGUCUUCACCGACGUCGUGCCGCCCAAGUGGAGGUUCGGCCAGUCCUUCGCCAGCACCCUGCAGUUCAAGCUGUGA